UGAAUUCGAGUUACUUUAAACCCAUGGAUGAAGGUCAUACGUCUUUUGUGCUCCAUGAUAUGCCAGAUUCCAUAAUAUUACAGAUAUUCUGUCAAUUUACGAUCAAAGAACGCCUUUUGUUGCGACGAGUAUGUUGGAGGUGGCACCACCUUUUGAAGGACUACAGCGUGUGGAGGAGUAUCGAUCUUAGUGAGGACUGCUCCCUAUCGAGUAAGGUCAAUAAAACCAUCCUGGAAGGUUGGAUCACAGCCUGGGGUAAGACUAUUCAGCAUAUGGAUGUUAGCGACUGCAGGUGGCUUACAGAUCUCGUUAUUCAAAAAGUCGCGCAAAAUUGUGCGGAUCUCCGUGACUUAAACGUGGAAGGCUGCUUCCAAGUAUCCGACACAGGAAUGAACGCGAUAGCCUCAAACUGCAAGCGCUUAAAGAAGCUAAACGUUUUUCUUAGCGGGGUGUCGGAACAAGGCUUUGAGAGAUUUUUAAAGCAGUGCCCAAACUUAGAGGAUGUUAAGUUGGGGAGUAGAGGAAAUUGCAAUCGUAUGAUAGUGUCUGUGUGUAGUAGUGUGAAAGAUUUAAAAGCAAUCUCCAUUCAUGAUGUUAUCCCGUUUGACGAGGGCGAACCAGUGGUAGAUGACCUUUCGCUGUGGAGGCUAUGCACUUGUUUCCCAGGGUUGACAGCCAUUGAUCUUACGUGGUGUUGUUUCAUCACUGAUGAUGCUUUAUUUGCACUUCCGUUUUGCUGUCCAAAUCUCAAGUCUCUCACUAUUCGGGAAUGUCAUCAAAUUUCAGACCGCGGAGUUCGUGCCGUGUUCCAAAUUUGCCAUUUAACCUUGUCAAAAGUACACCUGGAACGUCUUUACAGCAUCACAGACGUUCUUACUCUCUCACCGGAAGACCUUAAACCUUUUCCUAAUCUGUCAUACCUUAAACUGAUCGACACAUCUAUUUCCGACAUCGGCGUCGCGAAGAUUGCCGAGAAAAGCCCGAACUUACAAACUCUCAUUGUUGGAGAGCAUUGUUUUAAUCCAUACAACAUCCAUGGUGGUUUUAUUCCCACCAUCGCAGAAACUUGUCAAAAGUUGAGACGAUUCAAAUUAUAUUCAGGAAGAAUGAAGGACAAUUAUUUGAUUGCUAUUGGCGAAAAUAUACCUUUUAUAACCGACCUCUAUCUCGGCGAUUGUCGUGACUGUACAUCUCAAGGGUUAGAGAGGAUAAUUUUGCGCUGCCGCUGGUUGCAAAUAUUGCACAUUCUAAACUGUUCCCAUGUAACCAAUAAGACACUGGUUCUUAUCUCGCGGAACUUGACGGAUCUCAGAGAAUUAGAGAUUCUAAAUUGUAGGAGUAUCACCACAUUAGAUGUUCUAGGACUCAAACAAAAGUUACCAAGGUGCGACGUCCGGUAUUAACUGUGAGUGGAUAGCACUAAACUCCAAAGAUGAAUGCUUCGUAUUUGCCUCUUAUUCAUUCGAAGAAGAUUUGCAAGGAAUAUUUUGGGUUCCAUCGAAGCAUUCUUUGUCACCCAAGUUAACACUCUUGUGUUGCGCGUGUGAGUGAAACAAUAUCCUAAUUCAUCCAAGAAGCGGCCCAGAAGAGUUGUACGUCGAAUACAGUGUGUGGAAGAGAUAUCGAGAAUCAUGUACCCUCAGAUUUUCUGAGUUAAUGCAUUGUCAUGGUAAACUACGAACAGUUUUCUAAGAGUAAAUAAGAAAUGGCAAGAUUUUCA